UUUGGCGCCAAGUUUAGCGCUUCCGGAAGUCUUAUACGCCGGCAUAUACGGUACAAAAAACUGAAUGCAAAGCAACUUCUGUUUUUGAAAUGGCAAAAGCUGUAUGAACGAUGAAUAUUGCCAGGGAGGGAAUGUGGAUAUUCUUAGUGGAAUUACAAGACAUGCCUAGUGAAAACACCUAGUUCAGGGAUGUUAAACUGCCGGCCCAUGGGCUGGACACAUCACGAAACCACGCCCACCUUAUUGCCAGCAAUGGGGAAAAAGUUCCACUAUGUCGCGAGUUUGACAUGCCUGACCUAGUUGCAUCUGCUACAGGUACUCAACUUACAAGCACAAUUGGAACCAGAAAAUUUAUCAUUAAGCUGCACAGUAAUUAAAUCAGGCAUUAUGUGACUGCACCUGAUUUUAUGACCUUUUAUGACCAUAGUCAUUAAGUGAAUCACCACUGCCAUUAAAUAAAUACAACUUUCCCCAUUGAGUGCUUCUCAGAUACUGGCUAGAAGGAUUGCAAACAGAUCACAUGACCACAGGAUGCUGCAAGUGUUGUCAGUGAGUCAGUUGCCAAUGACUCAAAUCAUGAACACCUGACCAUUGGGGUUGAAGUAACAUUCGUAACUUCAAGGAUAAGUUGUAACUUACUUUUUUCAGUGCUAUCAUAACUUUGAAUCGUUGUUAAAUGAAUGAAGACAAGUCGAGGGCUACCUAUAUUGCUAGUGUUCAAUAAUCAGCCCCACAACUGGAAAAGAGCUGUCUGAACAUUAUGCUAUUAAAUCUCAAAAAAAAUCACCAUUAGGUCCAUUUACAAUACUGUUUUAUUCAAGGUUUGGCCAGUCAAACUGCAGCAAAUUGGAGGUGAAAUUUAAGGAAGAGAAAGCAAAUCAACUUUGAAAUAUAUUUCAUCAAAACAAUUUACUGCCUACAAACUCUACUCAUAGACGAAGAUUUCAGAUUGUAAUUGAAGAAUGAUUUGAAUCUGGCAAGAUUUUAAUACACCACAACUCUAUGUGUAAGCUUCAGCUGGAAGUUACCUUUCCUCUGAAUAAAAAACACCGAUAUAACCGUCAAAAGUAUUGGCAGGGAAUUUAGAGUCUCCCCAACAGAUACUAUUUGAAUAGCAGACAUGACAGGGAUAAAUUGGUCAUAGUUAUCUUCUCCGACAUAAUGUGAUUGUGUUUUAAUUAUGAUUCUAGAGCUAUGUAUACAUACCAAUUAGCAAAUAGAUUUAAUCGUCAGUGGGAUAUUUCCUCAAUUCUAUAGUUGGCCACUUAACCAAACUGUAAUUGUUGCAUGCUUCAGGUCACCUUACUGGCAUAAGCAGAACAGUUUUAAGAGAUUUAUAAAGUGCUGCUUCUCUUUCCACCCCACCUCAAAAUGUUCAGUGUACCAUGACCACUUACAAGGGUAACGCAAUGGUUAAAACGUAUUACAAACCGGGCGCAAAGCAUUUAAGGACAAAACGUGGCAGAUUACGUUAUUUAAAAACUGAAAAUUGCUGUAUCGCGUUUUCACUCAUAGAAAGUAUGCACCUCCUUCCAAUGCCAAGUUUUGGAAGGGAACACUGCCGCCGCUGCUAUUCAGUCAAGCUAAGCGCGUUAUCCAAUUUUCGCACCCGUUCCCUUGACUGCCGAGUCCCAGCAAUGGCUGUUGUGCAUUCUUCCUCUUCGCGUUGGACGCCGUUACCCGGCCUGCAGAAGCGUCUUUGGUCAACGUGCGGCGCAUGCGCAAGCAUAGAGUGCUGCACCGGAAGCCGGAAGCGGCGGAGAAGAAUUGCAGUUUGAGGUUUUGGAGUUUUAAAGAUCGUUUUUAGCUACGGUGCGUUUUAAAUCGCUUUUCCAGUCUUCCCUGGCCCCGGGUCGCCAUGGAUGCUCGAGCGCGAGCCAAACGCUACGAAAAAUUGGACUUUCUGGGUGAGGGGCAGUUUGCUACUGUUUAUAAAGCAAGAGACAAGAACACAAAUCAAAUUGUUGCUAUUAAAAAAAUAAAACUUGGACAUAGAUCAGAAGCUAAAGAUGGUAUAAAUAGAACAGCGCUUAGAGAAAUAAAACUGCUGCAGGAGCUUAGCCAUCCAAAUAUUAUUGGACUUCUUGAUGCAUUUGGACAUAAAUCAAACAUCAGUCUAGUGUUUGAUUUUAUGGAAACUGAUCUAGAGGUUAUAAUAAAGGACACUAGUCUUGUUUUGACACCUUCCCACAUCAAAGCAUAUAUGCUGAUGACACUUCAGGGAUUAGAAUAUUUACACGAACACUGGAUACUUCAUAGGGACCUUAAGCCAAAUAAUUUGUUGCUGGAUGAAAAUGGAGUUUUAAAACUAGCUGAUUUUGGUUUGGCAAAAUCUUUUGGAAGUCCAAACAGAGUUUAUACACAUCAAGUAGUAACAAGGUGGUAUCGAGCACCUGAACUAUUGUUUGGAGCUAGAAUGUAUGGAGUGGGUGUGGAUAUGUGGGCAGUAGGCUGCAUCUUGGCUGAAUUGCUUCUAAGGGUUCCAUUUUUGCCAGGAGAUUCUGAUCUGGAUCAGCUCACCAAGAUUUUUGAAACUCUUGGUACGCCAACAGAGGAGCAAUGGCCUGGUAUGACAAAUCUUCCAGAUUAUGUUACUUUUAAAAGUUUCCCUGGAAUGCAUUUUCAGCACAUCUUCAGUGCUGCUGGUGAUGAUUUGUUGGAAUUACUGCAAGGCUUAUUUCGGUUUGAUCCUUGUACUAGGUUCACAGCUACUCAGGCACUGAAACAUGAGUAUUUUAAUAAUCGACCAGCACCAACACCUGGAAGUCAGUUGCCAAGACCCAACUGUCCUGCAGAAGCUUUGAAAGAGCAACAAAAUCCCGUUUCUAAUUUAAAAAGGAAAAGGAUGGAUGGAAAAGAUCAAGGGUUACCCAAAAAACUGGUUUUUUGACAGCUAUGGAAAUGAGGAUCUUGAACAUUUCUGCUGCUAUGAUAUCUGAAAAGACCAAACGUGAGAACUGGGAGAUGUUAAUUAAAAAUGAGUGAAAGCUGUGUUUGUAAAUGUUUGUAAUAUGUAUGUAGUAUUUCAAUACAUAAUAACCAUGUAUUUUAUUGGCUUUUUUUUUAAAAAAAGAAAAGAAAAGAAAAAGAAAAAUACAAAAAAUGAUUUGGUGAGUAAAAUAUUUUAAGUGUGAAUACAUGAACAGUCAGCUGAAUGAACUGGAAAAUUAUAAAUUGCAAAUGCAAAGAUUAGAAAUGAAACUUUUUUUUCCAAAUAUCCUUGUUAGGCAGAGAGAAGGCCAAAAUAUUUUUGUUCUGAAAAUAUGCUUCAGUAUAUAGGAUAAAGCUGCUUGCUCCUUGAGAAACCAGAUUACCAAGCAGAAACUCAGAUACUUUGAAGACAUAAUGUUGAGCAGAUGUUGAAUUAAAAAGUAUGUUGGAUUAAAAAAUGGAUUGAAAUAAAGACAUAUAACAAUGGAUAAUAUAGAUGAACUAAA